UGUGUCUGCGUGCGUGUGCGUGCGUGUCUGCGUCUGCGCGAGUGUGUUUACCGUGCGACGCCCGCAUCAUCGUCAUGCACCGCGCAGGGACCGCGAGCGCCUAAAUGAGCGCCGUGACAGAUGUGACGGUGACAGUCAGAGUGGUCGUGUCGCCUGCUGCUGCGAGCUCCAGCGCCGCUGCUUCGUGUCACCAGUGCAGUGACGAUUAGAUGAGUAAAGAGGGGAUGUCACGAAUGGUGAAAAAGAGGCAGGCAGACCCCAGAGUUGUCCAGAGCAUCUGGGCUGCAAUAGAGGUCAUUCGGAACCAGAAGCAAAUUGCAAAUGUGGACCGGAUAUCCAAGUACCUGAGCCGUGUGUUCGGCGUGCACCCCAAGGAGACGGCACGUCAGCUGAGCUUGGCGGUGAAGGAUGGCCUGGUGGUGGAGACCCUUACAGUGGGCUGCAAGGGAUCCAAGGCCGGCAUCGAGCAGGAGGGAUACUGGCUGCCCGGGGAUGAGACGGACUGGGAGCCUGAGAGCCACGACGGGUACUGCUUUGAGUGCCACCAGCCAGGGGACGUGCUGCCGUGUGACGGCUGCUUCCGUGUGUAUCACCUGCGCUGCCUGAUGGAGGAUAGCCGGCCCCGGGACAAUGGCUCCAACUGGCAGUGUGUUGUUUGUAAGGGAAGUAAGAAGAAGAACUUGAACAAACAGGAAAUGAGCAAGUACCUGCGCUUCAUCGUUCAGCGUGUGAGAGAGAGGGCCGUGGACUUGAAUAAAAAAGGCAAGGACACCACACAACCCAUGUACCGUCGGCUCAUCCACACGCCGCUGGACGUAUCAAACAUACAGGAGAAUGUUGCGGAAGGGAAGUACAAAAGUUUUGAGGAGUUCAAGGCUGAUGUUCAGCUCAUUGUGCACAACACAGCCAUCUUGUUCGGAGCUAACAGUGACCAGGCUGAAAUAGCGAGGCUGCUGUACUCUGAUACCCUACAUGAGUUGAAUGAGCUGCAUCUCUGUAGAACCUGCUUCUACCUGUCCAACGCUCGACCACAUAACUGGUUCUGCUACCCCUGUACCCCCAAUCACGAGCUGGUCUGGGCAAGGAUGAAGGGUUUCGGCUUCUGGCCAGCAAAAAUUCUGCAGAGGGAGGAAAAUCAAGUGGAUGUACGAUUCUUUGGUCACCAGCAUCAGAGAGCAUGGAUUCCUGCCGACAACAUCCAGGACAUCCAGGUGAGCGUGCAGCAGCUGCAGGUGAAGCGCAGUGCUGGCUGGAAGAAAGCCUGUGAGGAAUUGGCCCUGUACCAGCGCUUCCUGCGGGAGGGUCGUGUGUGGAAGGCCAGGAUGGAGGAUCGCAUGGAAGAAGAGCCUGAGUCCAGUAUCUCCUCAACCAGCAAUGAGCAGCUGAAGGUGAACCAGGAACCCAAAACAAAGAAACUUCGUCGUAGCCAGAAUCCCGAACCCAAAGAAGAGGAUCCGCAACCUGAGAUGGAGGCAGUCAGCUCCAGCCAGGAGAUCCCUACUUCACCCCACCAGCCUGAGAAGUCCUCUGUGUCGACACAGACCCGAAAGGGCAGUACGGCGUCUCCCCGGACCAUACACCGUUGUACUCAGACCAACAGUGACAGCAGCUGCCAGAACCGAUGCCAUGAGAAGUACACCAAGAUCUUUAAUGAUGUCAAGGAGAUGAUGAAGGUGGACAACAAGCGUGAGACAGAGAGGGUGGUCAGGGAGGCGCUGGAGAAGCUGCGUGCAGAGAUGGAGGAGGAGCGACGACAGGCAGUGGCCAAGGCAGUGUCCGGUGCCCAGGCUGAAAUGGAGCGCAGGUGCAAGCAGGUAAAGGACAAGUGCAAGGAGGAGCUGGCGGAGGAGGUGAAGAAAAUCAUGGCUCAGCACAAGCAACUGAUCUCCCAGACUAAGAAGAAGCAGUGGUGCUACAACUGCGAGGAGGAGGCCAUGUACCAUUGCUGCUGGAACACCUCCUACUGCUCCAUCAAGUGCCAGCAGGAGCACUGGCACGCCGACCACAAGCGCACUUGUCGCAGGAAGCGGUGAAAGCCCGGCCCCUCGUCACCUUUCUGUGUCCCCCCCCCGGCUCCACAGCAGCUCUUAACACACCAUCCCCAGAACAUAAUUAACCGGUUUGCACAUAGUUGGGAGUUUUCUCGUUUUUCUCACUUUCAUUCCUGUUUGUUUAAUAAACUUGAUGUUUUUCUCAGUCCAUGGUAAGAACUUGCAGGAGCAUGGCUUCAGUGUGCGGUGGUCUUUUUUAUUUGUUCCUUUUUACAUGUGCUCUCAAAAAUGUUGUUUUUAGUAAACGAUGAAC